AUGAGCUAUGCAAGUAUCAUGAUAUCUUGGCUAGAAAGGCAUGAGAUUUUGAAAGUUCGAAAAACAAGUUGUGCUUGCCGGGGAAUUCAUGAGUUAAGUCCUGGAGGAAGGCCCCAAAAGUUUUUAAGAGGUAGCUUGAAGGAAAAAGCUCAGUUGCUCAUGUCUGUGGGAAAGUAUAUGGAUGUGGCUAGGCUUAUAGCCAAUGAGUUGAAGAAGGUUGCUCUGAAUGGUACUAAGAUAGGUGAUCGGACUCCAUGUCAGCUUACCUAUCCUGGGUUAAUUAUGGGUUUGUGCAAUAGAGCACGAGUGUUUAUUCCAUCUGUUGGUUAUCAGCAAUUUUACCUUUAUGUUGGUAAUCCUCAAGUUCCCCACCCUUUGGGUACUCUGGAAGAAUUUAUUGCUUUUGCUAAUUGGUCUGAGGGCAGGCCAAAUGUUCAGGAGGAGGCAGCUAGUGAUGACGAGGAGGAGGAAAGUAAAGAAUCGAUAUUUGAUUUGGAUAGUGUUUAUGACUUGAGUGGUUGA